GAGCGUCCAGACCCAGGAAGGGCCAACAUCUACCAGUCUGUCAUAAUCAACAGCUCCAAGGAGAUGAUGUCAUACAGCGACUUCCCUCCUCCAGCUAAUCUGCCCAACAACAUGCACCACUCCCAGCUGCUGAGCUACCUACGACUUUACGCUCAGACCUUUGACCUCUUCAAACACAUCCACUUCCAGGUCAGAGGGCAUGAAGGAAGAAAGUGGAUGUUUAUUCAGUCACACCUUAUGUUAUGAUCCCUUUCGAUGGUAAAUAGUGAUUCAUUUCAUGUGUGUGUGCGUGUGUGUGUGCGUGUGUACGUGCCUGCGUGUGUCAGACCACUGUGGUGAGUGUGCGUCAGAGGCCAGACUUCCCAGUGUCAGGCCAGUGGGAGGUGGAGACAGAGAGGACAGAAGGUCAGAGGGAGACUCAGGUCUUUGAUGCUGUGGUGGUCUGCACUGGUCACUUUACACAACCACACCUGCCUCUCAAUGACUUCUCAGGUAACGGUCAACUCUCUAUCCCUAUCAUAGUCCCCAGUGACAUUGUGUACUUGAUUAUUUCCCAUUUAUAUGCUACUAUCACUGGAGAUUUAUACACUCAAAUCCUAUUCACAUCAUACAGUUGAAGUCGGAAGUUUACAUACACCUUAGCCAAAUACAUGAAAAACUCUGUUUUUCACAAUUCCUGACAUUUAAUCCUAGUACAAAUGCCCUGUUUUAGGUCAGUUAGGAUCACCACUUUAUUUUAAGAAUGUGAAAUGUCAGAAUAAUAGUAGAGAGAAUGAUUUAUUUCAGCUUUUAUUUCUUCCAUCACAUUCCCAGUGGGUCAGAAGUUUACAUACACUCAAUUAAUAUUUGGUAGCAUUGCCUUUAAAUUGUUUAACUUGGGUCAAACGUUUUGGGUAGCCUUCCACAAGCAUCCCACAAUAAGUUGGGUGAAUUUUGACCCAUUCCUCCUUACAGAGCUGGUGUAACUGAGUCAGGUUUGUAUGCCUCCUUGCUCGCACACGCUUUUUCAGUUCUGCCCACACAUUUUCUAUAGGAUUGAGGUCAGGGCUUUGUGAUGGCCACUCCAAUACCUUGACUUUGUUGUCCUUAAGCCAUUUUGCCACAACUUUGGAAGUAUGCUUGGGGUCAUUGUCCAUUUGGAAGACCCAUUUGCGACCAAGCUUUAACUUCCUGACUGAUGUCUUGAGUUGCUUCAAUAUAUCCACAUAACCUUCCUUCCUCAUGAUGCCAUCUAUUUUGUGAAGUGCACCAGUCCCUCCUGCAGCAAAGCACCCCCACAGCAUGAUGCUGCCACUCCCGUGCCUCACGGUUGGGAUGAUGUUCUUUGGCUUGCAAGCCCCCUUUUUCCUCCAAACAUAACGAUGGUCAUUAUGGCCAAACAGUUCUAUUUUUGUUUCAUCAGACCAGAGGACAUUUCUCCAAAAAGUACGAUCUUUGUCCCCAUGUGCAGUUGCAAACCGUAGUCGGGCUUUUUUAUGGCGGUUUUGGAGCAGUGGCUUCUUCCUUGCUGAGCGGCCUUUCAGGUUAUGUUGAUAUAGGACUCGUUUUACUGUGGAUAUAGAUACUUUUGUACCUGUUUCCUCCAGCAUCUUCACAAGAUCCUUUGCCUUUGUUCUGGGAUUGAUUUGCACUUUUCACACCAAAGUACGUUCAUCUCUAGGAGACAGAACUCGUCUCCUUCCUGAGCGGUAUGAUGGCUGCGUGGUCCCAUUGUGUUUAUACUUGCGUACUAUUGUUUGUACAGAUGAACGUGGUAUAUUCAGGCAUUUGUAAAUUGCUUCCAAGUAUGAACCAGACUUGUGGAGGUCUACAAAUUUAUUUCUGAGGUCUUGGCUGAUUUCUUUUGAUUUUCCCAUGAUGUCAAGCAAAGAGGCACUGAGUUUGAAGGUAGGCCUUGAAAUACAUCCACAGGUACACCUCCAAUUGACUCAAAUGAUGUCAAUUAGCCUAUCAGAAGCUUCUAAAGCCAUGACAUCAUUUUCUGGAAUUUUCCAAGCUGUUUAAAGGCACAGUAAACUUAGUGUAUGUUAACUUCUGACACACUGGAAUUGUGAUACAGUGAAAUAAUCUGUCUGUAAACAAUUGUUGGAAAAAUUACUUGUGUCAUGCACAAAGUAGAUGUCCUAACCGACUUGCCAAAACUAUAGUUUGUUAACAAGACAUUUGUGGAGUGGUUGAAAAAUGAGUUUUAAUGACUCCAACCUAAGUGUAUGUAAACUUCCGACUUCAACUGUACUUACCUGUGUACAGUGCCUUCAGAAAGUAUUCAUACCCCUUGAUUUAUUCCACAUUUUGUUGUGUUACAGGCUGAAUUCAAAAUGGAUUAAAUAAAUAAAAAUCUCAACCAUCUACACACAAUACCCCAUAAUUGCUAAGUGAAAACAUGUUUUUAGAAAUGCAAAUGUAUUGAAAAUGAAAUACAGAAAUAUCUCAUAAGUAUUCACGCUCCUGUCAAGUUGGUUGUUUGUUCAUUGCUAGACAGCCAUUUUCAAGUCUUGCCAUAGAUUUUCAAGCCAAUUUAAGUCAAAAAUGUAACUAGGCCACUCAGAAACAUUCAAUGUCAUCUUGGUAAGCAACUGCAGUGUAUAUUUGGCCUUGUGUUUUAGGAUAUUGUCCUGCUGAAAGGUCUCUCAGUGUCUAUUGGAAAGCAGACUGAACCAGGUGUUCCUCUACGAUUUUGCCUGUGCUCAGCUCUAUUCCGUUUCUUUUUAUCCUAAAAAACUCCCUAUUCCUUGCCAAUGACAAGCAUACCCCUAACAUGAUGCCGUCACCACCAUGCUUGAAAAUAUAAAACUUAGUACUCAGUGAUGUGUUGUGUUGGAUUUGCCCCAAACAUAACGCUUUGUAUUCAGGACAUAAAGUUCAUUUCUUUGUCACAUUUUUGCAGUUUUACGUUAGUGCCUUUUUGCAAACAGGAUGCAUGUUUUGGAAUAUUUUUAUUCUGUACAGGCUUCCUUCUUUUCACUUUGUCAUUUAGUUUAGUAUUGUGGAGUAUUUACAAUGUUGUUGAUCAAUCCUCAGUUCUCCUAUCACAGCCAUUAAACCCUGUAACUGUUUUAAAGUCACCAUUGGCCUCAUGGUGAAAUUCUUCAUGGUGAAAUCCCUGUUUGCUUCCUCUCCGGCAGAGUAAUUAAUAACUUCACCAUGCUCAAAGGGAUAUUCUGUGUCUGUUUUUAUUUUAUUGUUGUUAUCUACCAAUAGGUGCCCUUCUUUGCGAGGCAUUGGAAAACCUCCUUGGUCUUUGUGGUUGAAUCUGUGUUUCAAAUUCACUGCUUGACUGAAGGACCUUACAGAUAAUUGUAUAUGUGUGGUACAGAGAUGAGGUAGUCAAUCAAAAAUCAUGGUAAACACUAUUCUUGCACACAGAGUGACUCCAUGCAUCUUCUUAUGUGUCUUGUUGAGCACAUCUUUACUCCUGAACUUGUUUAGGCUUGCUAUAAGAAUGGGGUUGAAUACUUAUUGACUCAAGAAAUGUCAGCUUUUCAUUCUUUAUUCAUUUGUAAACAUUUCUAAAAACAUAAUUCCACUUUGACAUUAUGGGGUAUUGUGUGUAGGCCAGUGACACAACAUCUCAAUUUAAUGCAUUUUAAAUUCAGGCUGGAACACAACAAAAUGUGGGAAAAGUCAAGGGGUGUGAAUACUUUCUGAAGGCACUGUAUAUCCCAGUCAUAGCCCUCACAAAGUAUAAUUUGAAUAUCAUGCUCGAUUAUCAUCAUCAAUCAAUUACUAUGUGUAUCAUUAUUUAUCAUUUGAUUAUCUGAUCCUCCCAGGUAUAGAGGAGUUUGAGGGCAGGUACUUCCACAGUUGGGAAUACCGCAGUGCUGAGGGGCUGCAGGGGAAGAGGGUGGUGGUGGUUGGGAUUGGGAAUUCUGGAGGUGACAUCGCUGUGGAUGCCAGCAGAGUAGCGGAGCAGGUGAGUGGGAAAUCCUCUGAUUCUUCUGGAAGUGUUUCUCUCAGAUAUUAUGUAGGGCAGGGAUUCUUUAAAAUUGGGACAAUCCUUGUCCGGCAGGGAAACUUCAUUUUAAUAGUAAAAAUAUAUAUAUAUUGUUGCCUUAUUUGAGCUUAAAAAUUCAAUUUAGGAGAAUUUGUCAAGGAAAAAUACUUGUUUUGGGAAUUUUCUAAAUGUUUUCAAUAUUAUUCAUUUUCAACUGGCAAUAAUAUUAACUGAAAAAGGGAUCAAAACUGUUAUUCCUAAAAAAUGUGUCCGAAGAGUUGGUCAACUCCGUCAGAUUUGUCAAAAAUUAAUCAGGAAUGAGCAGGGUCAGCUAUACCAUAAGGACCCCUUCUCCAUGUCUUCAUUACAUGUAGUGCAACAAGACCACUCAUGGUCUGUAUAGUUUUCUACUUUUGAAGAAAUGUUGAAGUCACCAUGGUCACAACCAUAAACUGUCAACUCCAUCUCCCUGAUAGAAUAUACAUUUCUGUUCAAAUAUGUUUAUUUUAAUUAGGUUUUAGAGUCAUAAAGCAACUGAGAAAAAACUAAAUUGCUACUUUGUAUGCAACUUGAAUGAAGAAGAAAAAGACAAUUGUUUCAACUCCAUAAAACAUGAACUCUGUCAGAGUGCUGAAAGAUCUGAUAGAAUGGUUAUGUUUUUAUUGGGGAUUUUCCAAAAUAAUCAUUUUCCAUAUUUUACAAAUGUUUGAUUUUAAUUUAAAUGUUUAGAGGUAAAAUUAUCGCAGUUUGAGUAUCUGUUGUCAACUCCGUCAGUGGCUUGUCAACUCCGUCACUGAUGGCCAAGCUAACCCUCUUAAGAUCAACUAUUAUUUUGUCAAUGUUCAGAACAAAAAAAUGUAUCACUGUGCUGCAACAUAUGCUUAACCUACUGAAGUAUUUUCUGUGCUAGACCUAAGGGAUAAUGUUUGCUGUAUAAAUGUUGUUUUAUGUUCUGAAUCUAGAAAAAAAAACAUGCCAAAAUGCUAACGAAAUUGGCCAUAGAGCAUUGUAUAGUGCUAUAAAGUUUGGAGAUUUCUAUUACAUAUGUGAAUAAUCAAAUGUUAUAAUUAAACAAUCAAGGCAUUUAAACAUUUGUUGGAUAAUAAAUGUAGAAAUGAAAUGCCUUUUAUGGUGUCUGACGGAGUUGACAUAAAUCCAGUUAGCUGCAUUUUAUUUAAAAAAUAAAACAUUAGGAGGUUGUUCCUUCACAUUGUGUGAUAGCUGAUACUUUGGUCUAUCAAAAUAUACACAUGUAUUUCAAAUGCUGUUAAUAUUAAAUCUGAAAUAUAAAACUUUCUGGGAUACCCAACCAAAUUCACAUAAAAUUGUUAGUUAUAGAUCUGUCAUUCUCAUUGAAAGCAAGUUUAAGAAGCGGUAGAUCUGUUCUAUGUGCUCUAUUUCUAUGCUUCCCGUUUCAUUUUUGCGUCUUUUACUUUCGGUUUAGUACACCAGCUUCAUACAGCUGAAAAUACAAUAUUUUUGGUUAUGGAAAAUAUAUUUCACAGUGGUUUAAAUGGUACAAUGAUUCUCUACACUAUACUUGCUUGUUUUGUCACAUAAACUGAAAUUAGGCAAACUAUUAGAAUUUUAGCAACCAGGAAAUGGCGGAGCGAUUUCUGCAUAGUGCACCUUUACGAAAACUGUUUGUGAAAAAAAAGUUGAGAUUGGGAAGUAUGCAAAACUCCCAGCUAGCAUGAACAGGAAUAGAGUUGGCCAUCUCUGCCAAAGAUCAUUAACACUUUCUCUCCUGGUCUACAGGUGUACCUCAGCACACGGAAGGGGGCGUAGGUGGUCAGCAGGGUGGGGGCGGGGGGGCUGCCAGGUGACCUGGUGGGCACUUCACGAUUGGGCAGGCUGGUGCAGAAGCUCUUCCCCUCCUGGAUUACAAGGAUGAUGGAGAAGAAACUGAACCAGACCUUCGACCACAGACUGUACGGCCUACAGCCAAAACACAGGUAAAAUCUCUACAUAUCUGACUGACUGACUGACUGACCGAUUGAUUGAUUGAGUGAUUGAUCCAUCCAUCUAUUUCAGGUUCUUUGCCCAGAUCCCGGUGGUGAAUGAUGACCUGCCUGGUCGAAUCAUCUCUGGUCGUGUUCUGGUCAAACCUAACAUCAGGGAGAUCAAAGGCUCCAGUGUGGUGUUUGAGGACGGGAGUGUCGUGGACAAGGUGAACAUACAAACACACACACACUCUCCUCCCUUCUCACCUCCCCUCUACCCUACCCUCCCUCUCCUCCCUAGGUGGGUGUUGUGGUGUUUGCCACCGGCUACAACUAUGAAUUUCCUUUCCUGCCUUCGGAUCUGCUGGCUAAUAGCGGUCACCGCCUGUGUCUGUACCGUCAUGUGUUCCCCCUGCGGCUGGCCCGGCCCAGUCUGGCUGUAGUGGGCUUCAUCUGUAGCCUGGGAGCCAUCAACCCUCUGGCUGAGAUGCAGGCCCGCUGGGCCACCCAGGUCUUUAAAGGUAACAACUAACUCCCUCACUAACUCACUAACUCUGUGUCUGAAGUUGUUGGGUAGCCUAGUGUAUUUGAAUCCGAGCGAUUGAAGCUUUGAGGUUUGUGUUAAUAAUAAUGUAUGGAAUACAUGAUUUCUUGCUCCAGGGUUACUAACACUGCCCUCAGAAGAAGCCAUGCUGCAGGACAUAAAGAGAGACACCAGCACCUUGCAAAACAGGUAGGACAACAACCAUGUGUUAUUACACUCACAUAUUGUCAUUAGUUUGCUCACUUUAAAAGCACCUGUGUGUGUGUAUACCCUCCCUCUCCAUCCAGGUUUUCCUGUUUGGAGCGUCACCCUCUCCAGGUGGACCAUAUCCCCUACAUGGACUCCAUGGCAGAGGAUUUGGGGGUUCGUCCUAAUCUCCUAGGGCUGCUGUUGAUGGAGCCUGGUGUAGGGCUGCGUGUGCUGCUGGGGCCCUGCACCCCUUACCAGUACCGUCUGAGAGGGCCAGGAAAGUGGGACGGGGCCCGACAGGCCAUCCUCACCCAGUGGGAGUGCGUAGCCCAGCCCUUCAGGACCAGGAUGCCCCCACAACCAGAGAGCAGAACCAGAGCCUCCUCUAGUCUGAGACUGAUAGUAGCUCUGUCUGGCACUGUUCUCCUACUAACAACCCUCUAUACCAGACACAGUCUCUCAUCACUCCUCUCACUCCCCAAAGGCCUCCUCUAUAAGAUGUACAGUCUACCUGAGACCAUGUGGGAGUGAAAAUGAACACUAUGGGCCUAUUGCAUCCACUGUUGGCCACCAUUUUAUCUCCAGACGAUCUCUCAUUAAACCAUAAUAAUAAUAUGCCACUUAGCAGACGCUUUUAUCCAAAGCGACUUACAGUCAUGUGUGCAUACAUUUUUACGUAUGGAUGGUCCUGGGGAUCGAACCCACUACCCUGGCAUUACAAGCGCCAUGCUCUACCAAUUGAGCAUCAAUACACACUAACAUUACCCGCACAGCUGAUCUCAAUUGCUUAACAAUUUUUCCUGUUCCCUAAAAGCCGAGUAACAUGUGACGGCAGUGUUAACUUAGCCUCGCUUUAUCCAAACAUUUUCCAAGACACGUUCGCACUCUACAGGCUAUUAUCUUCGGUAGAAAUAAAACCUGGUAACCGAGCAGACUAA